UGUCAGUGCGCUCUCUCCUGAUGGCGAGCGGCAUCCUUUACGCCCAGCCCUCCUCCUGGCUUGCCGCCGUGGCGGCCGCGGCCACAGCCGAACCUGCCAUCCUCCGCCGUGCGCACGCCGCGCUCCUCACCUCCGGGCACCUCUGGUCCCGCGGCUCCGUUAACUCCCUCCUCCGCACAACUCGAAUCCCCACCGCCUGCGCGCUUCUCCUCCGUUUCCUCCUCCUCCACCGUCUCCCACCAGACCACCUCUCUAUCUCCUUCUCCCUCCACUCCUGCACCCGCCUCCCCUGCCACCCCAUCGCCAGCCUCCUACACUCCUUCGCCGUCAGGCUUGGCCACGCCGGCGACGUGUACAUCGUCAAUGCUGCCGUAUCCGCAUACUUCACCGCCGCCGAUGUCGCCUCGGCAGAGCGGCUCUUCUCCGAUACCUCGAAGGAUGUCGCCGACGUUGUUACCUGGACCACCAUGGUCGCCGGGCACGCCAGAGCCGGCGACGUGGAGAGGGCGAGGUGGUUCUUCGAUGCCAUGCCCGAGAGGAACGUGGUUUCCUGGAACGCGAUGCUGGGCGCGUAUGCCAGCGCGGGCAUGCUGUCCGAGGCGCGGAAGCUGUUCGACGGAAUGCACAGCCGGAAUGCUGCCACGUGGAGCUCCAUGGUCACUGGGCUCGUUCAGUCUGAUCACUGUGAGGAGGCGUUGAGGGUGUUCAGUGACAUGGUCGCGAGGGGUGUUGUGCCGAAUGAGUCUAUACUGGUGAGCGUCAUUUCAGCGUGCGCGCAGCUGCGGUCGUUGGAGCACGGUGUGUGGGUGCAUGCAUAUGUCAAGCGGGAGCUGCAUGGAUCCAUGAGCGUUAUCCUCGCGACAGCAAUCGUAGACAUGUAUGGUAAAUGUGGGUGUAUCCAUAAUGCCAUCAGAGUGUUUGCUGCAAUGCCGGUGAGAAACAUCUAUUCAUGGAAUUCGAUGAUCACUGGCCUUGCCAUGAAUGGCAGGGAGAUGCAGGCCUUGUCACUCUUCUGGAAGAUGCAAAUGGCUGGUGUUCAACCAAAUGACAUAACCUUCAUCGGGUUGCUGGGCGCUUGCAGCCACUCAGGUCUUGUUGAUGAGGGCCGCUGGUUGUUCAACAGGAUGGUCAAUGACUUCGGAAUCCAGCCAGUCCCGGAGCACUAUGGCUUAAUGGUUGAUUUACUCGGAAGGGCGGGUCUUGUCAAAGAGGCAGUGGAUUUUGUGAAGAACAUGCCAGUGGAACCGCACCCGGGCUUAUGGGGUGCACUUGCUGGCGCCUGCAACAUCCAUGGUGAGGUGGAGCUUGGUGAAGAGAUUGCCAAGAAGCUCAUUGAGCUGGAGCCCCGUCAUGGCAGCCGGUACAUCCUCCUGUCAAACAUAUAUGGCACCUCGAGCAGAUGGGAGGACAUGGCCACUGUGCGCAGGCUCAUCAAGGAGCGCAAGGUCUCCAAGGGCACUGGCAAUGCUGUGGUUGGAAAUGAUGUUCGGUGUAUGGAGUCCACUCUCGGUUAGUAUUCCUUUCGAACAUGACAUCGCAGGAGCUGUUGUGGUCGGGCAGCAUGAGAUUUGUUAGCCUUCAUCCACCUUCGGUCCUUAAUUGGACUGAAAGAAGCCUUGACAUUGGAAUUGUUUAUAUUUAUGUGUUGGUGUAUGCCUAAUUGCCGAUGCUGGAGCAUGCACACUGCACUCAAGCCUGCAUUGAGCAAUUCGACAUAUGAACAGAGCUGCAGAAUCCUGUGAAGAAGCCAAGAACUGCAUCUUUGUACUUCAAUUCUGACUUGAAGAGGCAGAAGCUGAUAAAAGAUGCGCCUAUGGACUACCGAAUGCAUCUUAGUAGUUAAGUACUAUUGGGAGAGGCAGAAGCCCAAAAGCCAUCAGCUGACUCAGGUUCACUGAAUAGUUUCUCACUAUUUUUUCGAGCCUCUUUUUUUUUCCUGACUGUAUGCUAAGACAAAAAAAAAUCCAUUGAAUCAGAUAUAUCCAACCCACGCGAAUGAUGUCCAUA